CUCCAUUUUGUUGAUUGGGUGAAGGGGACUUGAUCUUGCGUCACUGCUGCCAUAAAGCUCAGCGGUCAGGCCACAGACCAGAAUCAAAAACGUACCAAAUGGAACAGUUUCUACUCUGAAAGCUCAACUGGAAACUGGACUACAAGCUGGACUCCAGAAACAGACUUAAGGCGGACGUGUGGGAGCCUUUGACGGCGGAUAAAUUUCGGGCACCCGACCUUCUUUUCCACAAUGGCUGACACCGAAGUUUCUUUCUCCCCAGCUGUGCGCCUGCUGCACCUAAGCCCCGCCCACACUACCGAGGCCCCUCCUUCUGCCUCCUCAUCCUCCCCCACUACCUUCUCCUGCCCCUCUUCUCCCUCCAGCGCCUCCUCAUCAUCGUCCUCGUGUUCUUCUGACACCUCCUCUGACGGCCCAGGUCGCCGUCGUCACCGCCACAAUCAGCCCCGACCCCAGCUGCCGCUGCCCCCACCCCCUCGAGAUGAGCGGCCAUCCUCGCCGAGCGCCAGCCCCCGCAGCUCCAGCCCCAGCGGGAGCAUCGGGAGCACCGGUAGCCUCAGCAGUGCCAGCGAGGGCACAGCGAGCGGCGACAUCGCAGCCAGAAAUGACUUUGCGGCCAACGGGCCGAGUCCAUUGGCGGACCAGGCUAUCUCUGAGAGCGCCAUGGAGGCGGAGCAAGUCAUCGACCCUGAAGUGGCGCUGAAGGCAUGUCAGGAAGUUCUUCUCAAGGUCAAACUACAAAGUCGAGAGGGGGCGGAGCCCCUCAGUCUGGACGAGAGGCGGCACAUCGGUGUCGACAAUGCCUCGAUCAAAGAGGAAGACGAGGAUGAAGAGGCGGAUGGGCGCGGCUGCUGCCAGCAAGAGCUGCCGCCGCAGUCGUCGUCAUCUAAACAGUCGUGGCUGCUGCGGUUGUUCGAAUCCAAGCUUUUUGACGUUUCCAUGGCGAUGGCGUACCUGUACAAGUCCAAGGAGCCCGGCGUGCAGGCGUACAUCGGGAACCGCCUCUUCAGUUUCGCCGACAGCGAGGUGGACUUUUACCUGCCGCAGCUGCUCAGCAUGUACGUGCACAUGGACGCAGAGGUGGGCGACGCCAUCCGACCUUACCUGGUGCAUCGCUGCAGCGGCAGCAUCGUCUUCUCGCUGCUGUGCGCCUGGUUGCUCGGCGCCUACUCGUCGGACAUGCACAUCUCCACGCAGCGACACUCACGGGGGGCCAAACUCCGAAAGCUAAUCUUGUCUGAUGAACUCAGGCCCGCCGGCGCCGCCCCUUCAAGGACACUUUCGGCCUCUGACUGCCCGGCGACCUCACCGUCCUACCGCCGUGCUCACCGGCGCCAUCACGGCAGUGACACAGGCAUCCCAGACCGCCGCCUUGAUGGGCCGUUCGUUCCAGGAGGGGCAGACGUUGCUCUGUCCCCCUCAAGAAGGACGCACCAGAGGUCCAAAUCAGACGCCACCAUGGCGAGCGGCGGGCCGGGCUGCGGCCUCCGAAGGACUGGGAGUAACCCCAAAGUGGAGGCUGUCCAUGAAGAGCUGGAGCGUCUGCGUCCGCAGCGUGACUUGGUGAAGUCGCUGCUGGCCAUCGGGAAGCGUCUGGCCACGCUGCCCACCAAAGAGCAGAAGACGCAGCGGCUGAUCUCAGAGUUGUCGCUGCUCAACCACAAGCUGCCAGCCCGAGUGUGGCUGCCCACCGCCGACUUCCAGCACCACGUGGUCCGCAUCCCGCACACGCAGGCCGUGGUGCUCAACUCCAAAGAUAAGGCGCCGUACAUCAUCUACGUGGAGGUCCUGCAGUGCGAGAGCUUCGAGACCUCCCCCGUUCCCAUUCGGAUCCCCGAGGCGCGGAUCCGCUCGGCCCGCUCUGCCGACAACCUCGACUGUGGCGCUGCCGUGACGUCAGAGCAGCGGACGACGAGUUUUUCCUCCGUCAACAACUACGACAACGACGACGAGGCAUGGGCCACCGAUGACAUCGGGCAGCUGCAGGUGGAGGCGCAGACAAGCAGCAGUGACAACAUCAGCCAGUUCUCCGUGGACAGCAUCACCAGCCUGGAGAGCAGGGAGAUGGUCUUCAUCGCGGCUGGAGACAUCAGACGCCGCCUGUCGGAGAACUUGGCACACACGCCCACCACGUUUCGGAGGGACCCCGAGGACCCGUCAGCUGUGGCCCUCAAAGAACCCUGGGAGGAAAAAGUCAGGCGUAUCCGGGAAGCAUCUCCGUAUGGUCACCUGCCCAGCUGGCGUCUUCUGUCCGUCAUCGUCAAGUGUGGCGACGACCUGAGACAGGAACUGCUGGCCUAUCAGGUCCUGACGCAGCUGCAGUCCAUCUGGCAGCAGGAGAGAAUUCCUCUGUGGAUCAAACCUUACAAGAUCCUUGUGAUGUCAUCGGACAGCGGCAUGAUUGAGCCCGUCCUCAACGCCGUGUCCCUCCACCAGGUCCGUAAGCAGAGUCAGCUCUCGCUACUCCAAUACUUCCUGCAGGAGCACGGCAGCCCCACCACGGAGGAGUUCCUCACGGCUCAGAGGAAUUUUGUCCAGAGCUGUGCCGGAUACAGCCUCAUCUGCUACCUGCUGCAGGUCAAAGAUAGGCACAAUGGGAACAUCCUGCUGGACUCGGAAGGUCACAUCAUUCACAUCGACUUCGGCUUCAUCUUGUCCAGUUCUCCUCGCAAUCUCGGCUUCGAGACGUCCGCCUUCAAGCUCACCUCCGAGUUCGUCGACGUGAUGGGGGGCCUGGAAGGAGACAUGUUCCUCUACUACAAGAUGUUGAUGCUGCAAGGACUGAUUGCUGCCAGGAAGUACAUGGACAAGGUGCUGCACAUAGUGGAGAUAAUGCAGCAAGGUUCCCAGCUGGCCUGCUUCCACGGUUCCGGAACCAUCCGCGGCCUAAAGGAGCGUUUCCAUAUGAGCCUGACCGAGGAGCAGCUUCAGGUUCUGGUGGAGCAGCUGGUAGACGGCUCCAUGCGCUCCAUCACCACUAAACUCUAUGACUCCUUCCAGUACGUCACAAAUGGCAUCAUGUGACCAGACGCUGAGUCAGCUGUUCUUUCAUUUUCGUUUUUAAGCACAUAAACACUCCAUGUGAAGCACACGCGACAAAUGCUGAAUGUUUUCCCCAUGAUGCGGGCUGAACAUUAACAUGCUAUCAUUAGCACGCGUCCACGCGUGUUGAUGGCGUGGAAAAGAUGACUGAUGUGUUGUAAAUGACACAUUUGUGCUAGAAAUGGCAUCAAUCCACAUUUAUUGAAAUGUAAAACGAUGCUUUAACGUCACUGAGACUUGAUGGAACAUUCCAGCUAACAGAGUGUUGUUUGAGCCCGGACGUUGCCGCGCUGUAAUUGCUCGACACAUACCUUGCCGGUGAUUGACUGCAGCCAAUCAGGACAUUUCUGAUUGUGUGAACAAAAUGGAAGCUAACGUAGCGUCAGUACAUCUUUCAAGCAGGUACGUGCUAAUAUGUAUACACCUGGUUACAUAAUGCUCGUUACAUACUUAUCCACUAAUGAACAAAGUACGUACUACCAAAUAUUACUACCACAGUAGUACUACUCAGUAAUUACAUAGUCUUACUACACAAUAAUGUUAGUACAACACAGCAGUAGUUUAGUAGUGCGUGGGUACUAAGGACAACACAAUCAUAGUUUAGUAGUGCUUACUACUAACUACUGAGUAGUUGUUUAAUAGUGCAUCCAUAGUACUACUAAACAGUAGUUUAGGAGCGUGUAUGUAAAAUUUACUAUGCUGAUUAACUCAAGUAGUACACACUAUGUAAUACGCAGUGUACAACAUAACGUAUACUUAAUUGUACUCUGUGGUUGACUGCAGCCAAUCGGGUUUCUGAUUGUGUACUUGAACUUUGUAUGACAACAAAGUGGUUAACUUCCACUAAAUAUACACAUCCAAAUAAGCAUCAGAGCAGCCUUGGGGAUGUUAUAAUGUACAGUCUAUAUUUAUAUUUAACACAACCAAUGCAUUCAGAUUGUACUAACCAGCUAACUUGUUUUUGUUUUCGUACACACAACUUCAAACUGGAAUAAACUCUCCUGAUGGAUGGA